AUGAUCUCGUUGGCUCGAAAGGCCAUCAAGGCCAAUCAGCAGCGCAAACAAGCGCAAAAAAACUCGGCGCCAAUGGAAUUGCAAGAAACAGGACGUGACGCUACCAAGCAAGCACCUCAACAACCACAAUGUCGGCAUAUGGAAGCGUAUGAAUCUUCGUCUGUGAAAUGUAUUGCGUGUGCAUCAGAAAAGAAGGCCGCGAGGAUAUACCGAUGGAAGAUUAUCCUAGGCCUAGUGGCACCCUUUGCUCUUCAAGCACUUGACUCGACAAUCAUCGCUAGUGCUCUUCCGUGGAUUGCCUCGGACUUUGGGGAGAUCUCACAGCUCAACUGGAUCGUCUCAGCGUUCAACCUCACUUCUGCAGCGUUCAUCCCUUUCUGGGCUCAAAUGGCUGAUGUAUUUGGCCGCAAUGCUUCUAUCAAUGCAGCCAUUAUCCUCAUGCUCAUUGGCAGUGCCCUUUGUACUGGGGCCCCAACAAAUGCCUUCCCAGUUCUGCUUCUGGGUCGUGGAUUUCAAGGCCUUGCUGCGGCUGGCCUCAAUGUCGUUGUUCGCACUAUUCUUGCCGAUAGAGUUUCUUUGCAAGAAAACGCAAAGAACUGGGCCAUCUUCUCACUCGUCGGCGGUAUCUCAUAUGGACUCGGCCCAGUCAUCGGUGGUGAGACUACUCCAAACCACAUCUGCUAUUUGAAUACAGUUAACAUCGGCUUAGGAUAUCUCACAAAUGCUGACUGGAGAUGGUGCUUUGCCAUCAAUCUCCCUAUUGCCGCUGUCGCUCUGAUCAUAGUCUUCUUUGUCCUACGCAAGGAGCUUCUCGGUCCUCAGCCCAUCCCUGAGCUCAACGAGACAGCUGAAACUGGCCGGCGAACAAAAUUCGUCGCCCGUCUCAAGACUGUUGAUGUUGGCGGCCAGCUUCUUUUCAUCUUUGGCUUUGGUCUCGUUAUUCUGGCUUUGACUUGGGGUGGCGCGACAUAUUCUUGGUCAUCACCCGCGGUCAUUGUUCCUCUGGUGCUUGGUAUGAUCUUUGCUGGCGUUUUUUGCUACUGGGAGUAUCUCCUUGCCCCUGGAAAUACCAUGGCCGAGAAGCUGCCCUGGCAGAGAGCAAUGCUCCCCUGGGAACUAAUCUCAAAUCGUGAUAUUGGACUUCUCUUCUAUUGCGAGUGUGCCACAGGAAUUGGCAUGUAUGCUGUACUCUACUUCUGUAACAUCUACUUUAUUGCAGUCAGGGGUUACGACUCUGACGAGGCUGGUGUCCAGCUUCUCUACUUUGUCCCUGGUCUUGGAGCCGGUGUUUAUAUCUGCUCCUUCAUGUGCAACAAAUGGCCUCGCAUGACGUUUCCCUGUAUCUUUCUAGGGACACUCACCGAAGCUGUCGGUCUGGGAGUGCUUGCAUGGGCCAUCUACGCGAACAGGCUGAGCGUCAUCUAUGGAAUGAUGGCCCUUGUUGGCUGUGGUAGUGGUAUGCGUUUCAUGGCUUCGCCACUUCACGGCAUCGGUCUUUUUCGACACUUGCGCGCCUCCGUCAUUGGGCUCAUGGCGGUUGCCAUCCCUUUUGGUGGUACUAUCGGCUUGACUAUCAUGUCUACAGUCUUCAACAACACUUCUGGGCUGGACUCCCAUAGCGACUUCAGCAGCGUGCAUUCUUCCUCUGAUGGUGCAGCAAAUGAACAGGCUGUUCAUCAAGCCAAGAUGGGUGUUGUCUGGGCGUUUGUCGCCAUCACCCCUCUCGUCGCACUGGCAUUCCCAGUUACUUGGUUCAUUGGAAACGUCAAGCUUGGACAAGGUCCCCCUGGAGAAGAUGGUCCUACAGACAUUGUGGUGAAGGGUUCAUAUCUCCUCAAGCUAGUACGAGGCCAGGAAAAGUUGAAGAUUGAGAAAAAUGCAUACAGGCUCAACAGCUCGCACAGUGGAGCAUGGUCAGAAGCUGUAGCUUCUGAUCAGGGCGUCAACGCCACGAGACCUUUGCAGGGCUCCCAGCAGAUUAAUUCUAUCUAG